AUGCCGAGCUCAUGUAAGGAGAUACGAGACGCCCUGGCGCAGUGCCUCCAGGAGUCCGAGUGCGUCAUGGUCCAGCGGCACACGGCGGCCGAGUGCCUGCGCGAGCCCCUCUCCAGCACCCUGCCGACCAAGUGCAUUCAGCUCAAGAAGGGCUUCGGCGACUGCAGGAGGGGCAUGAUCGACAUGCGCAAGCGCUUCCGCGGCAACCAGCCCAUCACCUUCAAGAACCUGUCCACCGCCGACUCGGGCGAGGGCUACCAGCUCUACGCCGGCCGCUCCGCGUUCGGCGGCGGCGUCAAGAAGACGGACGGCAACGAGCCCGAGCCCAGGGACUGGCGCGAGGUCGAGAACGAGAAGUACAGGCAGGAGCAGGAGAGGCAGGAGAGGCAGGAGAGGCAGGACAAGCAGGACAAGAAGUGA